AUGGAGGGGUCGGCAAUCCAAGAUGAGCAGCUCGACUCGACUCUCGAUCCUCCGGUCCGCAUCUUCGAGCGCCUCUCCCACAUCGCCGGGUAUACCUGGGACGAGUCUGCCGCACUCACACAUUCGAGCUAUGACAACUGGCACGUAUUCGGUGUUCGUUUCGCCCCAAAGUAUUCCAGUCAUCACGCUACGAGCCCGACAUCCUUUGCCAGGAGCCCUCCUUCGACUUCGAGCCGCGUAUCCCCGGGCGAGCCGCCCUCAUCGGCCUCCAAUGGGCCACUUAGCGAAGCCAGCGUCACCGAUGAAUCUGCGGCGGGGGCAGUGGUCGAGGAGGCCGUUGUUGCCAGGGUCUCUUAUCAUGUUCUCCGGGAGGAGCGCGCGUUCCACAUGAUGAAGAACUUGAUCCAGACCGCAGAUCCGAAUCAGGACCACACUAUCAUGCCCCUCGAUUUGAUCAGGCUUGCGCCCCAGCCUGGAGACCGGGGCCAGAUUAUAGUCUCGAUAUACCAGUCACCAGGACCGAGUCUGUUGCCCAGGAUAAUGGACCUGGGUCCUGCAUUCUAUACGUGUCGGAAGGUCGAGGACCGGUGGGUGGCAAGCACACAGGACAAUCACCAAUUGGGCCCGCCAAUCAGUCUGAACCUGUUCCUCGAUUUUGCAAUUGGCGCUACACAGUGCCUAGAGAUGAUUCAUCACGGUCUUGGGAUCAUACACGGCGAACUUCGGGGCGACUCUUUCCAUUACAAUGAAGAAACGAACAAAGUAAAGCUCAUCACCUUCGGCUCGGGACUGCGGUCGUUCGAGCAUGGUCUGACAAGCACGGGAUGGUCGAGCCUUUCGAAGGAACUCGGAGCCAAACACAAGCUCCUUCAUAUCAGCCCCGAGCAGACGGGUCGCAUGCCCGCGGAGCCAGACACGCGAACUGAUAUCUACUCCCUGGGCGUCCUUUUCUGGAUGUUACUGACCCAGAGCCCUGUUUUUGAUGGUGACAGCCCCCUGGACAUCGUACAAGGCGUGCUCGGCAAGAGAGUUCCCAACGUUUCCACCAUUCGACUUGACGUGCCUGAUGUACUGGGGCGAAUCAUCCAGAAGUGCACGGCCAAGAAUGUGGGAGACCGGUAUCACUCGGCGAGCGGCCUCCGUCACGAUCUGGUCAAGGUGCAGGGGUUCUUGUACGACAAUGACUGGUUGUCGCUCAAAGAGUGGCGUAUAGCGUCCCGAGAUGUCAGCUCAUUUUUCAUGCUGCCAUCCAUGAUGAUCGGGCGGCAAAAGGAACGGGCGGAGCUCUUGAAGGUCAUAGAUCGCGUGGCGAAAUCGCAUGCAAUGAGCCAGAAGGGAACAAGCCGAUUCUCAGACGGAUCAAGCUGGUCAAACGACAUUCUUGAUGGAGGGGAUCUAUCCAGCGAGGGUGCCAGCUCAGAAGGUGGAAACAGGCAGAGCGGAUCUUAUACUACGAUGACAGAUCCCAAGUCUCGGAGCAGUGUGAUUCCUUCGUUCUAUUCGACUGAAUCUCAACCCCUGCCUGGCGGGGACGCCUUGUCUUUAGGGAACUCUACCCCCCAGAAUCGCACAGCGUCAAGAGCUUGGGAAAGGCACCAGUCUAUUCCCUUCGAAACGAGGAGUCUGGUGAACAGUUUAGAAGAGCGACCAACUCCCGAAUCUUCCUCGAGUCUCUCCAAACAACUGGGUUCGGCCAAGUUUCGAAGGCGAGGGCAAUGUGAAAUUGUCACCAUUGAGGGGGCCGGUGGGCUUGGGAAAAGUUGUCUCGUGCACUCCGUUCUUGCGGAUGUCAGGCGGAGCGGGUAUUGUGCAACGGCCAAAUUUGACACGGCUAGGAGGACUGCAUUCGGGCCUUUGCUCAAGCUGCUAUCCUCGCUCUUCCGCCAGGUCUGGGGCGAGCGGAAUACUGAAACCCAGUUCCAUCAGGCUCUGAAGACGUACAUACGCCCAGUUUGGCCCAUGCUGCACAAGUUGCUUAGUCUACCCGAAUUUCUGAUCGGGCCUGUCGAUGCGACAGUUUCUAGGUCGAUGUCGAAUUCUUCUGGCGCGACGAUGCAGAGGAAUCGGGCCCCCGGUGCUCUCAGGCGACGAGGCUCUCAGGACUUCCUGCGAACUGGGGCUUCGACGAAAAGCCUUCGGCUUAUGAACACCUUCCUUGACGUCCUACGGAUGUUUGCCCAACACAAGUUCAUCUGCUUUGUGCUGGAGGACCUACAUUUCGCCGACGAUGAGUCGAUAGAGCUCAUCACACAGAUCAUCAGCGCGAGGCUCAGACUCGUCAUUGUCAUAACCUACCGUUCCGACGAGUUGACCCCAGACAAGGUCAACAACAUUAUAUCGCCACCUGAUUUUGAGGACUUACCGAAAUUCGGAUUACCAAUCAUCACACGAAUACCUUUGUCACCUUUGGGAGAAGAAGAAAUUGUCCAAUAUGUUUCUACCACACUAUGCAAACCCAAGGAAGAGAUACUGCCCCUCGCCCUUGUGAUCCAGUCUAAAUCUGGCGGAAAUCCGUUCUACAUGCGGGAAAUGCUAUCUGAAUGCCACAGGAAACGAUGCAUCUGGUACGACUACAAGAUAAAUCAGUGGGAAUUUUCUCUAGACCAGCUCUUUGAGGAAUUUCAGGGCAAACAGAAUUACGAUGUUCUGGACACCAACUUUAUCACGCGACGGCUUAACGAGAUGCCCGAGGCUUCGAAGUGUCUUCUGGCUUGGGCGGCCUUGCUAGGUCACUCCUUCUCGUUCGAGCUCAUCUGUCAUCUACUCAGCGGCGAAUGCCAAGAUGCCUGCGGGCAGUCACCUGCAGAGCACAUUCACAAGACAUAUACGCAGGAGGAGGCCGUGGCGGGAUUGCAGGCUGCUAUACAAGCAUACAUCAUCGUUCCGGGCGAGGAAGAUGAUCGAUUCCGAUUUGCUCAUGAUCAUCUAGCCCAGGCCUCCAGGCAGUUGAAAAUAUGUGAGGCUCGUGCGAUGCACUUCACAGUUGCUCAAGUCCUGAUGCUAAGCACAGAACGGGGUGCUCGACCGACUGCUGCAAAGUUCUACACCAAUGCUGUUGCUCUACUGCAACCCGACCCGUGGAAUGACGAUGCCGACGAUGUGUCGUACGAAGAGACCAAUCAGCUAUACCUCCGGGCAGCAGAAUGCUACCUCUACAUGGGAAAUCAUGGUGCUGCUAACGCACUUCUUGGAACAAUCUUCCUAUCAGCUCGGUCAGCAUUUGACAAAGCACCUGCCUCUGUGCUGCGAUCAAGGAUAUUCGCGCAGGCGGGUGACGCGGAGGAGGCACUUGCGUGUCUGAUACAAUCUCUCAGGGAACUCGAGGUGCCCUUUGACGACAACCCAACAUAUGAGAAGUGCGACGAGGAUUUCCGGAAAUUGGCAGAGAAGAUCCGUUCAAUGGACCGCAGUGAGAUCAUCAAUCCGCACCACCCAGUCGACCCAAACUUGGCUUCCAUAGGCGCCGUGCUUGCCGAUGCCAUCAUCAAUCAAGUCGAAGGUGCUGUUGAAUACGCAACUGUGGCUGGUGACCGGACGUCGACAAUCAUGAGCUUUGGACUUUUGGCCCAACUUAAGUUCUUCGCCAGUGAAAACUGUGCCGACCUCGAAGCCUUCUGUCAAUACGGCUGCGAAGACGUCCCAAAUUGGCAUCAGGAUACAAGAGGUGGGACUUUGCUCAUUGCAGUUCGACAAGUAGCUCGAGCUUUGCAAGGCAAGACGCGCAAUACGAUUGCUGAUGAGGUUAUGAAUGAUACCCAAACCAGUCACAAUUCUGCAUCAUACAAGGCAUGGCUAGACGCGAACGCGAGAAACGGCGGCCGAUCAUUAAUAUGGUACGAGACCAUGGAAAUAAUACCCCUUUUUCUGUUCUCCCACUACGAGAGAGCGGCGCAAUUAGGCAAGCACUGCGUUGCCAACGAACACAUCAUUUGGUCUGCCCGGAACACCAGGUCUGCCAUGCUAUUCUAUGGCUUGUCACUCGCGGGCCUUCUUUUCCGCAAGAUCGAGGACCCACGCACCCAGGACACCGAUAUCGAUGAGCAAAUCGAGGCGACCGUUGAGACGCUGGAAAUGUUGCGGAGGAAAAUCACUGACUGGGAGGUCGUGUCCGAUGUCAAUUAUCUGCCCUGGUCCACUUUCCUCCAGGCGCAGAUACACGAGCUCAGAGCCGAACACGGCUCAGCUAUUCGCGCAUAUGAGGUUGCCUUAGAUCAUGCAUCUGAACAGAACUUGGUCUUUGAGGAGGCUCUCGGGAAUUAUCUGAUGGCGGGCGUUUUUAUCAGAAGAGGCGCGCGGAGAUCAGCCAGAUCCGCGCUCAGGGACGCUGUAGGCCUCUUCCGAUUGAUGGGAGCCACGGGUCUAGCCGAUCGGAUUGAAGAGGAACACAGUCUCCUGCUUCACGGCCCUACCCGCAAUCCUCGGACGGCCGAAGCCUCUGCCCAGACUGACUUCGCGGGUGAUGCAGCACCAGUGCAAUUCCACGCUGUCGACGUGGAGGCGGAGGAACCCGGCCAACCAACCCAAGUCGGCAUGGGCGAGCUGAAAGAGAACAGGAUAGGGGCCUGGCGAGGCUCCAUGCACCAGCCUGAGGACGGUGCUGGCCUUCCCGCCUUGGACAUGAUCGAUCUGCAUGCCAUCCUGGUGUCAUCGCAGGUAAUCUCAUCAAUCCUGGACGUCCAAGAGCUUCUAAAGGUCAUGGCCGAUGUGGUCCUACAGACCUGUGGGGGUACUGCCACUUUAGCUGCCAUCAUCGUGGAUGAGAAGGAUCAGUGGUGCGUUGCCGCCAGUGGGGACCCAGAAAGGGGCGCGCAGGCUCACAAGCCCGGGAUACCCUUAAGCGCUUCCCAGCAUCUGGUUGCUGAGAAUGUGGUACUAUACUGUACUCGAUUCAGGGAGGCGGUAUUCAGUGCUGAUAUCAUCAGUGAUGAAAGAUUCGGCGUCAGUGAGCAGUGGCUUCAGAAGAACCCCCAAGGCAGAGCCAUCAUGGCCUAUCCCAUAUCCCAUGGAUCGAAUCCUCUCCUAGGCGUCCUCUACCUCGAGGGCAAUCCAAACGCAUUCACAGAUCGGAAUGUUACCGUCCUGCAACUCCUCGUUAACCAAAUCGGCAUCAGCUUUUCGAAUGCCUUGUCACUGAAGGCUAUCGAGAAAGUCUCGAGCGAGAAUGCUAGCAUGAUCGAGUCGCAGAAGCGUGCCUUGUUGAAGGCCCAGGAGGCCGAGACGAAGGCCAAGGCCGCCGAAGCAGAGGCCAGACGCAACGAGAAGCGAGCGGAGGAGGCAGCGAAGGCGAAGUCGAUUUUCCUUGCCAACGUCUCUCACGAGCUUCGAACACCACUCAAUGGUGUCAUCGGCAACUCAGAGCUCUUGAAAGACUCGAAUCUGUCCAAGGAACAGCUCGAGAUGGCCGAUUCGAUCAGGGUAUCUGCGGAUCUGCUUCUUACCGUCAUCAAUGACAUCCUGGAUUUUUCAAAGAUGGAGGCCGACAAGAUGAAGCUUUAUAUUACAGCCUUCAACCCGGAGGAGAUGGUGCGCGAAGUCGUACGUGCCCAGUCCUACAGCAACCGAGAGAAGACAACGCGACAGAACGUCAGGAUAAUCAAGGACAUUAACCUGCCGCCCAUGCUCAUCUACGGCGAUCCGAUCCGUCUCCACCAGGUGCUCGGUAACUUGAUCUCGAACAGCUUGAAGUUUACGGAGGACGGGUCUGUGACCAUUGGGGCCCGUCUGGAUUCCGAGACCAAGGAGAGGGCAACGUUGACAUUCUGGGUCAAAGACACCGGCAUCGGGAUCUCGGCAGAGCAAAAAGCCAAGCUCUUUCAGCCCUUCAGCCAGGCCGACACGAGUACGGCUCGAAAAUAUGGCGGCAGUGGUUUGGGUUUGUCCAUCUGUAGAAGCCUGAUCGAAACAAUGAUGAAAGGCAAGAUCGAGCUGGAAAGCCAGCAGAAUGUCGGGACCACCGCGUGGUUCACGGUCACAUUUGACAAAGCCAAUCCCGAUGUCACUGCAGGCGACCCUCGCGCCCUGCCCGAAACAUUCUCGCGAAGAUCCUCGGAUAACGUCAAUCGGGAGCCAUCGCCCAAUCCUUACCUCGAUCUCACACAGGUACCGAAGGACUCACUUCGCGUCUGUAUAGCCGAAGACAACGCCAUCAACCAGAAAAUUGCCAUCCAGUACAUCCAAAGGCUAGGGUACAAGCAUGUGGAUGCUUACGACAACGGACUGAAAGCAGUCGAAGGCCUGCGACAGAAGGCGCUAGAAGGGCAACCUUACCAUGUGAUCCUCAUGGACGUGCAAAUGCCGGUCAUGGAUGGCUACGAUGCGACUAGGCUACUCCGGAAGGACUCCCUUGAGGCGGUCCGCAAGAUCCUUGUGAUUGCAAUGACGGCAAGUGCAAUACAGGGCGACAGGGAAAAGUGCCUGGCUGCUGGCAUGAAUGACUACUUGGCGAAGCCUGUUAGAUCCGAUGUGCUCAAAAAGAAACUGGACACUUAUAUCGGUGGUCAGCAGGCACCUCCCGACCGCAAGGUUAGCGAUGUAUCCGUGGCUAGUGUUCAGUCAGCUACCGCGACAAGCCCGCCUCCAUCUUUGCUCGAACACAACGGCUCUUUGGUUUCUGUGAAAGAGAAUAGACAGCUUUUAUCCAGCGCUGGCAGUCACCACCAGAGCACUCAAGACCCACCCGGUCCUCCUAGUAGAACCUCGAGCGACAACCGACUGUCUGACGCUGGCUCAAUAGAAAGUGCCGCAGGGAAGGUUCGGAACAAGUUGACGAAGAAUCGACUGAGCCAAGACUCAAUUGGGGCGGCUGAUGGCAAGGGGAAAGAGAAAGAGAAACCCAAGGCGGUGCUGAAGAAGAAGAACCCGCAAGACAGGAAGGACAGUAUAGGCGUUGACCCGAAGGAGCAGCAAUGA